AUGCCCAAGCUCAUACUGAAGAAUACCCACCCUUCCCAGCGCUCCCAAUCCGCAACCUCUUCGCCUCGGUCCACACUCUCUAAAGCCGCCGAGUCUUUUGCCAGCAAAUGGCUCUUUCGCUUCUCCGAACUCAAUCUUGAACUCGAGUCGGCUAAGCACGAGCGGGAGCCAGACGAGGACAACUUCGACGCUGGGGACGACGGUGAGAUGCGUCAUCUUGCGGUAGUCGGCCACACGCAAGAGCUUCUCAUAUCAUUCGACGAGGAAGCAACCACAGGUAGCUUCACCUCGAAGACCUUCACCAACAAACCCGACGUCUCGAACCCAUUCCUCGUUGCCGAGGAUAUGCGAGAGUUCGUCUACACUUUCUUGACCCACUGGGAUCGAGUGAGGAACGAAGGCUGGCACGGGUUGCCGAGAGGCACGACUUGGAUAAGGCCUUUCAUUAAGAAGUUGAAUGAGUUGUUCCGGGAGAAUAAGAAGUUAAAGCCUAUGCCGGGGAUGAAGAAGCCUGUCUAUCAUGGCGGAAUGACAAGCAAUCGUGGACGACCAAAGGGCAGUGGCAAGAAGAAGAAGAAGGCGGACUCGGAUGAUGAUGAUUACGAGUAG